AUGCACAGCUACUCUCGUCCCUUUGACAGGGCCACAGCGCUCUGGAACGCCGUGGGCACGGGGAUCCAGCCCGUGCUGCGCGCCGCGAAUGCGGUGAUCCCGGCGCCGGCGCGCGUCGCCCCGCGCCCGCCGCGCCUGCCCCGCCCGCCCAAGCCGCAGCCCGAGACCUCGCCGCAGCAGCUGGACGCGAUCCUCGCGCGCCUGGACGCCGCAAAGCAGGACUGGGUGCGCGUCGGCACAGAGGACCGCGCCGAGCUCCUCGGCAAGUGCCUGCAAAACGCGAUCGACCUGGCCCCGCAGUUUGCAGAGGCCAGCAGCGCCGCAAAGGGCAGCUACGAGGGCGGGCUCGGCGAUGAGAUGUGA